CUAGGCAUGCAGACUGCUUCUACAAACAUUUGUGAAAGAAUGGGUCGCUCUCAGGAGCUCAGUGAAUUCAAGCGUGGUACCAUGAUAGGUUGCCACCUGUGCAAUAAGUCCAUCUGUGAAAUUUCCUUGCUACUAAAUAUUCCAUGAAUCAAUCAAUAGUACCUCCACACACUUUACUAACUGCGAGCAGCUGCAUCCAAGCCUUACAUCACCAAGUGUAAUGCUUCGGAUGGGAUGGGUUCUCUGGAGUGACGAAUGACGCUCCUCUGGCAAUCCGAUGGACUUGUCUGGGUUUGGCGGUUGCCAGAGGAAUGUUCCUUGCCUGACUGCAUUGUGCCAAGUGUAA